GGGUGAGGCAGAGUGUGUUAAAGUGUGGCCCCACCUCUUGCCCCGGAAGUGCUUUCUCUAGGCCGAGGUUUCUGGGAUUGUUAGCGAGCCGGGCUUCCUUUUUUUCCGACAUCUUAGUGGAGGCUGCAGUGGUUGUCGCCUCUCUCCGAACUUCAUCAUGCCGCCUAAGGAUGACAAGAAGAAGAAAGAUGCCGGGAAGUCGGCCAAGAAAGACAAAGACCCAGUAAACAAGUCUGGUGGCAAGGCCAAAAAGAAGAAGUGGUCCAAAGGCAAAGUUCGGGACAAGCUCAACAAUCUAGUCCUGUUUGACAAAGCUACAUAUGACAAGCUCUGUAAGGAAGUGCCCAAUUACAAGCUUAUUACUCCAGCUGUGGUCUCUGAGAGACUGAAGAUUCGAGGUUCCUUGGCCAGGGCAGCCCUUCAGGAGCUACUUAGUAAAGGACUUAUCAAGCUGGUUUCUAAGCACAGAGCUCAAGUGAUUUACACCAGAAACACAAAGGGUGGAGAUGCCCCAGCUGCUGGUGAAGAUGCAUAAGCAGGUUCAAUCAGCUGUACAUUUGGAAAAAUAAAACUUUAUUAAAUCAAA